AUUUAUGCAAUACAAAUAAUUAAUCUUAGUUUGUGCAUCAAACCAAACAAAUUUUUAUCACAUUAAGUAUUCCAUUUAAUUAGUUAUACAAUCAGUUCAAGUUUUUAUAAAUAGUACUCAAUAUAACUUGACAAUGAAGACGUAGGAAACAAUAUGAUGGCUUUAGUGGAGUUAACUAAUUGUGGUGAUCAAUAUUGACCAUGCAUAAAUGUGAUACAUGUAACAAAGAUUUUACCCUCAGAAAAAAUUUAAAAAGACAUGUGAAAAAUAUUCAUAACACAGCUUUAGCUGAUAUUUCAAAAAGCAGUAUCACCACUAAGGAAGCCAAACAUAAAUGUCCAAAGUGUCAGUUACCAUUUGUUGAAAGAAGUUCACUUAGACGACACGAAAGGUUAAAACACAAAAUGAACAUCACAGCUUCCUUAAGGAUCAAAAAAUCUAUUAAAUGCAUGACAUUUGAGCCCAGCAAUUUAGAAGAUUAUCCAUUGCUAAAGAGAUUAGUACCUGUAGAUUAUGUUUACAAAGUGAAUACCAUACAAUAUUUUGAAAAUGACGGAUUGAAAUCAACAUUUGAAAUUGCUGAUUGUGCUGAAGAUAUAUUUUUGGUUUGGUUAUCAGAAUUGGAACAAAAAUCUAAGGUUACCUACAGAGUCAAAUCGUUCACUAAGUCACCGAGCCAAAAAAUAACAUUUAAUAAAGUGUAUAGAUGUGUUCAUAAUACAUUUCCCCAUAAGUAUCAAAAAGCUCAUCCAAAGCAUACAGGGUGCAUGGCUACAUUAACUGUAAGAAUUAAAAAAUGUAGUGAAGCUUUGUCUGUUAAAAAUUCAAUGGCUGAUAAUAAUGUGAUAUUGAUUCCUCUUAAAGCUAUUGUGACACUCUAUCAUAACCAUAAUCAUAUGCUGGUAGAAACAAUGAAAAUAUGUUCCAAUGAUAAAAAGAAACGUGGAAAAAAACAGGAAAUACAAUGUAAUGAAACAUUUAUGGAGAUUUGCUCAACAGAAAACAAAUUGAAUAUAACACAUUUUGACAAGGUUAACAGUCCACAGCAAAACACAAUGUCAAAUAUUUCACAAGUAUCUAUCAAAAAUAAUAAAAUUAAUGAUCCUGUUGAAAAUAACUAUUUUGAAUGUCUCGAAGAAUAUGAUAAAUACAUUUUGGUUGAAAAUAUACAUACACAAAAUGUAUUAGAUGAUAAUAAUGAGAAUGAAUUAAAUGAAUUAAUAUCGGAUUAUGAUACAGUUAAUGAAAUGAUUUUGCAACAGUUCAGAUCAAACCCAAGUUAUUUCAAGUCGGCAAUCAAACAUUACACAUUAGCAUUGAAAGAUAGUUUGACUUCUAAAAAAUCCUUAUUGAACACAUUGAAUUCAUUCGGAGAUCAAUUAUAAGGAAACCCCAUUUAAUUAAAAAAUAUUCAAAUUGUGUGAAAAAAUUAUAACAUUUUGGACUACCUAUAAAAUUGAUUAAAAAUUAACAAAUGUGCGCUAUGGUCAUAUUACAUAAUAUGUAUAUUAUACCAACUGGAUGAUUUGAUUAUGAACUGUGAGUAUUUGUCAUUUUAUAUAAUUCAAUAAUUGAACAUUUCAAUAGUCGUUUCAUGACUGUAUUCAAGUAAAGAGUUUUAUGUGUUUUGUAUUUUGCUGAUGAAACACUUCUAAUUUGUAAAUAAAUACUUAAAUCGCAAAUCAAAUAGUUUUCAAACAAUUAUUCUGACUAUCAAUUUUGGCGCGUAAAAUUAUGGUGGGAAAAAAACGCGCCAACAUCAUGUUGGCAAUGAUGAGUUGACGCCACCCAAUCGCCGUGGCCGUUAUUCUCGCCAAUCGCGU